AAUUGACAAGUCACGCAUUACAAGAUCGUGUCGAGGACAUUUUGUAUCCAAUCCGAUGGCUUCCCUCGUUAAUUAAAGCCGAGCUGAUAGCUAGGCGAACAAACGGAUUGUUUAGCAAGUUGCACAGCUGGGAAACGGGAAACGGUGCCCACUACCAGUGUAACUUCAUCGGCACGCUCCCGUAAACAAGCAUCAUCGUCAACAUAGAUGCCUGCCGUCAUUUUCCCUGGGCACUAUAUAAUUGACAAUUUCACCUGGUUACCGAGACACUGGUAAAAAGCAAUUACCCUUCCGUCGCGACAAUCUGCAGACACCCUUCUUGGGUGUCGAUAAUCGGCGAUCAUGUACCUCCCAAAAGCAAUGUUUAGCCUACCAUCCUCGCUCCUCCUACUUCUCGCCGCCGCGACGAAAGUACGCGCGCAACACCCAACGGCAAUUCGAAAGAUGUCGCUUGACGAGGGCGAGAAGAUAUUUCCCGAGUUCUACGCAUUCGGUCCACAACCGCUACAUCAUCGCGCAUCUGAUGACGACAUGCUCCUUUCUAGCAACAGCUCCGCUGCGAUUCCGUUCCAACCGCCUUAUCCUUUACACUACGACUAUCGAGAUACUGAACUCAGGAGCGCAAAUAUAAGAGCGGGAACGAAUAAAGGAGAAACGGAUAAGAAACAAGAAGAUACGGGAUUGCUGUUAUACCGACGCGCGCGCGAAGUUUUGUCGAAGCUACAAGGCCGCCAAUUCGCAUGUCCUGCUGGGACGCACAGCUGUACCAACAUUGACCAGCCCAACUACUGCUGCACCGACGGCACAAGCUGCUUCGUCGUUACCAAUGCGCCUGAUGCCGGUAAUGUAGGAUGUUGUCCUAAUGGCCAGAACUGUGGCGUUACGGUCGGCACAUGUGCCGAUGGCUCUACGGCUUGUCCUGCGAACGUAGGUGGUGGAUGCUGUAUCCCGGGGUUUGUGUGUGCUAGUGUUGGUUGCGUCGCCAGCAGCAUCUCAAUAAUAACCCAAACAACCCUAACCUCAACCGCAAUCUCGAUCCCCACGCCCAGCACACAAGUCGUAACCGUCAUCGUGACCGUAACGCCAUCCGGUGGUGGUGCGCCGGUAACUAGUACCACGACGCAAACCACCACUGCCAACGCGCCCACAUCGACGUCUUCCUCAACACCGACAUCUACAACCGCCCCCGACACAAACUCCGGUGGUGUCCCGCCUUAUCGUCCUACAAGUGGUAGCUCCGCAUCAUACUGCCCCACGGGAUUCUAUGCUUGUGUUGCUAGUGCAGGAGGAGGGUGUUGUAGAACCGGUCGGGAUUGCAGCACGACUUCUUGUCCUCCGGCCGCUUCUACGACUAUUGUGUCUAUUGGAGCUACAAUCGUGGUCCCGGUGUCGGAUGCGGAUGCAGCGGGGUCGGCAACUGGAACUGCGACGUGUGCCGCGGGAUGGUUUCUAUGUGGUGGAGAUGCAGGGCCUGUGGCUGGGUGUUGUCCUAAUGGAUAUGCAUGCGGUACAGCGAGUUGCACUCUGUCGGCUGCAACGGCGACUGCGACCGUACAGAAAGAGUUGCCAAAUGGUGGACCCAGAGCGAGGGGUGGUAUGUUGGCUCAUGGUGCAGUCGUGAUGCUUGGAGCUGGAUUAUUUGCCGCUAUUAUGGCAUGAGCAACAGACAGGCGAUAUUAUGUGGUAUGAACGUUAGAUAAAAGAUGGUAUUGUGAUUGAUGAAGAUGAUACGAGGCGGCUGUGCAUAAAUAUCGACGAAAAUUGCAGCAUUUACGGAGUUGGGCCGAUUAUUUCGCAUUUGCAUUGAAUGGAGUUGGUGGCAUUACGGCAUCGC